AUGUGACGUCUCUGGUGAUGACGACACACGGAGGCGGGUCUUGUCGGUGUAGUCCACUUCCUGCUUCUCUGCCCUGGUUUCGACUGACCAUCUACAGCAGCACCUCUUUCACCCACCGAAAGACUACCAUGACACACCAAACGGGCAUCCAAGCUGGAAAUGAUGUGAAAGACAUAUUCGCAAGUGCCAGGAACGGCGAUGAAUAUCGAUGCCUGAAGAUUGUCAUUGAAGAUGAGCAGCUCACUCUGGGCACAGCCAGGAAGGCAUCAAAGAAGUGGGACCAGGAAUAUGAUUCCUUGGUGCUGCCCCUGAUUGAUGAGAAGGUGCCCUGCUACAUUCUGUACCGCCUGGAUUCUACAAACAACCAGGGCUAUGAGUGGAUCUUUCUGGCCUGGUCACCGGAUAUCGCUGUUGUGCGUGAUAAAAUGUUGUACGCUGCUACAAGAGCCACACUGAAGAAGGAGUUUGGAGGCAGUCACAUCAAAGAUGAAAUUUUUGGAACCACAAAGGAUGAUCUGAAUCUCAGUGGGUACAGGAAAUAUCUGACCUCACAGGCGGCACCACUGCCCCUCUCUGCAGCUGAAGAGGAACUGAGACAAUUUAAACUAAAUGAGGUGCAGACGGACAUCGGUGUGGACACCAAACAGCAGACUCUGCAGGGCGUGGCCUUCCCUCUUCACAGAGAUGCUGUUGCUGCCCUCGAACGUUUCCGGGACGGAAUAAUUAACUAUGUUCAACUGCAACUGGACGCAGAGCAGGAAAUCAUUCGGUUGUGCAGCACCGAGGCCACAGAGCUUAAAGAUCUGCCAAAGAGAAUUCCUGACGAUUCUCCACGUUAUCACUUCUUCCUCUACAAACAUUCCCAUGAAGGCGACUACUUAGAGUCCACAGUCUUCAUUUACUCCAUGCCUGGGUACAACUGUAGUAUCAAAGAGAGGAUGCUGUAUUCUAGCUGCAAGAAUCCGUUGGUGGACAUGGUGGAAAAUAAUCUCCAUAUUGAGAUUGAAAAGAAGUUGGAGAUUGACGACGGUGAGGGGCUGACUAGUGAUUUCCUGUACGAGGAAGUGCAUCCCAAGCAGCACGCCCACAAACAAGCCUUCGCUAAACCCAAAGGCCCGGCAGGGAAGAGGGGUGGGCGCCGCAUCACCCGACCCCCAGUAGAGGGAGAGGAGGAAGAUUAAACCGACCUCAGCAUCUGACCACUACCACCUCCACUCUAAGCACGUUCCACACUGGAACAUUCCUGUCACGUGGGGGGGGGGAUCAGAUUUGACACGCUUGUUUAGAUGGAUAGGACGACCUCAAAUUCUUACCUGUCACCCAGAGAUCCAACUAUGCACGCCAAGGACAACUGAGCAACAAGACACACCAGGGAUUCCAUUUGUAGCUCGCCAAAUGGAAGCACGUGUACGUACGUACGUCAGGGUGUCGACAAAGGUAAAUUGACAAUGUUUCAAGUAAGUUUGAGGUUUGUACACUGGUGCCAGCUCUCUGAAAAUUAUUCUAGUAGUGCGACUGUGAACUUGCGCCAAUAUGAUGAAAUUCCCCCACUUUUGAGUUCACACGCUUAAUUUCUUAACUUCCAUUCCUGUCGAUUUAAUGUCUCCAUUGUCCGAGCGUUUGCACAACCAGGUGCUCCAAAGCCUAAAAGAUCUCCACCUGCGUUUGUCGAUUCAUUUUAACAGUGCUUUUUUUAAAAAUGACAACAAAAUGAUUCCUUUUUUGAUAUAACUGUGGUUUACAUGGAAAAAAAGAAAAAAUCAUCUGCUGAGAAACUUAUUUUUCUAUGCAAGUGCUGUACGUGUACAUAUUGUAGCCGUGUGAUGCUCUCUGAUUAAGAAACAGUCUGGUCUAUUGUGGUGAUUGUUGGUGUCAUUGAGGAUCACAGAGGAAUAAAAACAGGGGCUUCCAGAAAUAACACAUCAAUAUUUCUCAGAUUCACAGAAAUAGGAAGCUACAAAAACCAUCGCUCUCUUGUCGCUGGAGAGAGACAAAGCCAGGCAAGGUGAAAGAGUCGUUUAGAUCAUUCUGUCGGUGUGUGGCCACAGCCACUGGUCUGCUGAAUAACAUUAGGCAAACUACUUAGCUCACCUUAUGUUUCAAAAAAAAAAGGGAAAUCCCUUUAUGUUCGUAGUGUCAUAAUAGUAAUAAUCAUGGUUGGUCUUUUUUUCUUACAAAUCUUUCUUUUAAAAGAAUAAAAAUAUUUAAAUUAA